GGCUGGGCAGGAGAUAACUGGGGCUGGCGACAACCGAGACCGAGCUGGGACUGGGGGCAGUAAGAACCGGCACCGGAAUGGGGUUGGGAGCAGGAAGAACCGGGAUCGGGAUGGGGCUGAGGACUUGGGGACCGGGACCGAACUGGGGCUGGCGGGGCACACAGCUGGGACCGACCGGGCUGGGAGUGUCGAGGGACAGGACCGGAGCUGGCAGAGCCGGGCUCGGUUGUGUCGCGGCAGAGGUCCGUGAUUGUCGCUUCCCCCGGCAGCGUCACCGGGGUCGUGUCCCGAUCCCGGUCCCUGUGCCCGCCCCAGCCGCGCUCUCCCGUCCCGCCGCCGCGAUGUUGCUGCUCCGGGCCGUUGCCGGCCGCAGGCUCCCGCCGCUGAUGCAGCUAUCCCGCGACUGCUCCCGGCUGGCCGCCGGUAGCGCGGCCCCGAGGGGACACCGCGGGGCGGCCCCGGUGCUGGCGGCGCUGCUCGGGCUCGGGGCCGUCCUGGCCUACGGAGAGCGGCGGCGGAGGAUCGCCCAGGCCGCCCGGGCCACCCCCGCCCCGCAGUACCCGCGGUACACCCGCGCCGAGGUGGCACAGCAUCGGACCCCGAGCGACCGCGUGUGGGUCACCUACGGCACCGAGGUCUUCGAUGUCACCGAUUUCGUGGAGCUGCACCCGGGGGGACCGGACAAAAUCCUGCUGGCGGCCGGGGGAGCCCUGGAGCCGUUUUGGGCUCUCUACGCCGUUCACAGCCAGCCCCACGUGCUGGAACUGCUCCGUGACUACAAAGUGGGCGAGCUGAGCCCCGAGGACACCGCGCCACCCGCGGGGGACACCAAGGACCCGUUCUCCGGGGACCCCCCUCGCCAUCCAGCGCUGCGGGUGAACAGCUUGAAACCUUUUAACGCCGAGCCUCCCCCGGAGCUGCUGACCCAGAGCUUCCUGACCCCAAACGAGCUCUUCUUCACCCGUAACCACCUCCCGGUGCCCGCCGUGGAGCCGGGCUCGUACCGGCUGCGCGUGGAGGGUCCCGGUGGCCGCGCUUUGUCGCUGUCGCUGGCGGAGCUGCGCCAGCGCUUCCCAAAACACGAAGUGACGGCCACGCUGCAAUGCGCCGGGAACCGGAGAUCCGAGAUGAGCCGCGUCCGACCGGUCAAAGGAUUAGCGUGGGACAUCGGGGCCAUCAGCACGGCUCGAUGGGGAGGAGCCCGGCUCCGCGACGUGCUGCUCGCCGCCGGUUUUGGCGACGAAACCGUCGGUGAUGGCGAGUGGCACGUGUGCUUCGAAGGGCUGGACGCGGACGCUUCGGGGACGCCCUACGGAGCGUCCAUCCCGUUGAAACGGGCGGUCAGCGCCGAGGCCGAGGUGCUGCUGGCUUACGAGAUGAACGGGCAGGAGCUGCCGCGGGAUCACGGAUUCCCGGUGCGGGUGUUGGUGCCCGGUGUGGUCGGGGCGCGGAGCGUGAAGUGGCUGCGGAGCGUGGUGGUGUCACCGUCCGAGAGCCCGAGCCACUGGCAGCAGAACGAUUACAAAGGGUUCUGCCCGUCCGUGGAUUGGGAUUCCGUGGAUUUCCGAUCCGCCCCGGCCAUCCAGGAGCUGCCGGUGCAGUCGGCGAUCACCGAGCCGCGGCCCGGGGCCGCCGUGCCCGCCGGGGAGCUGACGGUGAAGGGCUACGCGUGGAGCGGAGGAGGAAGGGAGGUGGUCAGGGUGGACGUGUCCCUGGACGGGGGCCGGACGUGGCGCGUGGCCGAGCUGGGGCCGCGGCCGGAGCGGGGCCAGGGCUGGGCCUGGGCGCUGUGGGAGCUGCGGGCGGCGGUGCCCGCGGGUGCCCGGCUGGACAUCGUGUGCAAGGCCGUGGACAGCAGCUACAACGUGCAGCCCGACACCGUGGCACCCAUCUGGAACCUGCGCGGGGUCCUGAGCAACGCCUGGCACCGCGUGCCUGUCACUGUCACUCGCUGAGGGACAGUGGGGACGGCGGGGACACGUCACCCGCUGAGGGACGGCGGGGACAUCACCGGCUGAGGGACGCUGUCGGGGCAUUGGGGACGUCAGGGACAACAGGGACGGCCGGGACGGCAAGGACAUAUAACCCACUGGGGGACAGUGAGGACACGGGACAGCGAGGAAACGGGGGACGGCGGGGACAGCACGGACACGUCACCCACUGAGGGACACCCUUGGGGACAUCAGGGACAACAGGGACACUGGGGACAGCGGGGUCCUGAGCGAAGCCUGGCACCGCGUGCCUGUCACUGUCACUCGCUGAGGGACAGGGGGGACGUCACCCACUGAGGGACGCCAUCGGGGCAUUGGGGACAUCGGGGACAGCGGGGACACUGGGGACAGCAGGGACAUCACCCGUUGAGGGACAAUGGGGACAUUAGGGACAGUGGGGACAGUGGGACACCAGGGACACCGUGGUGUCCUCCGCGGCGCCUGGCACCGAGUCCCUGUCACUGCCACCACUGAGUGCCAGGGACACCGGGGAUCUCCAGUGGGAUCUCUGGAUCCCAAAGGGUCCUGCAGACCCCAGGUUCUGUUGACCCCAAAAGAUUCCACAGACCCCAAAAGGAUUUUAUGGCUCCUCAAAGGCUUUUAUUGAACCCCAAAGGGUUCUACUGACCCCAAAAAAUUCCAUACACCCCGAUGGGUUCUACAGACCCCAAAGUGUUGCACAGACCCCAAAAGAAUUUUGUGACCCCUAAAGGGUUUUACAGACCCCAAAGGGUUCUAUAGAUGCCAAAAAGGGUUUUAUGGACCCCCCAAAGGAUUCCAUAGACCUCAAAAGGAUUUUAUAGCCCCCCAAAAAGGUUCUGGAGACCCCAAAGGGAUUUUUAUGGCCUCUGAAAGGAUUAUAUGGACUUGGAAGGUUCUACAGACCCCAGAAGGAUUUUAUGGUCCCCCAAAAGGAUUUUAUGGACCCCAAAGGGUUCUACAGACCCCAGAAGGAUUUUAUGGACCCCCCAAAAGGAUUUUAUGGACCCCAAAGGUUUCUAUGGCCCCGAUGGAUUCUCCCGCCCCGAAGGUUCCUGCAGCCCCACAGCUCGAAGGUCAGCGGGAUUUUAUGGCCCUGGGGUUUUAUGGCCCCAUGGUUUUAUGGCCCCUGAUUUUUCCGGCCCCAGGGUUUUAUGGCCCAAUGUGUGAAAGUGCCUCCUGCCAUAAAGAUUUGGGAACUUU